UAAUAAUCCAGAAAUUGCAAUAGAAAAGAAAAAGGGAGGUUUGUGAUGAUUUUGAAAUCUUUUCUACUAGGUAAUCUAGUAUCCUUAUGCAUGAAGAUAAUCAAUUMGGUCGUUGUGGUCRGACUCUAUUAUGGAUUUCUGACCACAUUCUCCAUAGGACCCUCCUAUCUCUUCCUUCUCCGAGCUCACGUUAUGGAAGAAGGAGAAGAAGGAACCGAGAAGAAGGUAUCAGCAACAAUUGGUUUUAUUACGGGACAGCUCAUAAUGUUCAUAUCGAUCUAUUAUGCGCCUCUGCAUCUAGCACUGGGUAGACCUCAUACAAUAACUGUCCUAGUUCUACCGUAUCUUUUGUUUCAUUUCUUCUGCAAUACUCACAUACACUUCUUUGAUUAUGGAUCUACUACCAGAAAUUCAAUGCGUAAUCUCAGCAUUCAAUGUGUAUUCCUAAAUAAUCUCAUUUUUCAAUUAUUCAAUCAUUUCAUUUUCCCAAGUUCAAUGUUAGCGAGAUUAGUCAACAUUUUUAUGUWUCGAUGUAACAGCAAGAUGCUAUUUGUAACAAGUAGUUUUUUUGGUUGGAUAAUUGGUCACAUUUUAUUCAUGAAAUGGAUUGGAAAAGAUUAA